CGGCCUCGCGAGCGUCGGGGGUCGGGGAGGCAAGCCGUGGGGGCCGCGGUGGCAACAUUGAGCGCCGCGCGGUCGCCAUAUUGCCAGGCAGGACGUGUUACUCCCCGAACAUCUUAACAAAAUACUGGGGGAGUUCUGCAAGACACAAUGGCACAGUUUGGCGCUGGCAAGGCACCUCCACCGUGGCAGCAGCGACCCCAGGCCACCCCUCAGCUGCAGCCAUCCCUCCUGGGUCAGCACCCCUCGGCACCCAGUCAACAGCUGGUGCUGGGAGGCGCCCCACAGCAGCCCCAGUAUGCUCCAGUCCAACAGAGCAUGAUCCAGCCCCCUGGCUUGGGUGGGUUGCAGACCCUUGGCCAGCCAACCAUCACACAACAGACCAUUGGCCAGCCGGCAGGUGGCGGGAGCCUAAUGGGCCAGCCACCCAUGACUCAGGCCCUGCAGCCACCAAGCCUGGUCAACCCUGCACAGAUAUCCAGUGCUCAAAUGCAGCCACAGAUGCAGCCACAGCCUCAGCCACAGCCUCAGCCGCAGCCACAACCUCAGGUGACGGCAGUGACUUACCCCACCCCCAGGGCCUUGGCACCCCCUGGGGCCUUCAAUCCUGCAGCCACCCCAAGCAAUUUGGCCACGAUCGCCACCAACCUGCAGACCAAUCUACAGAACAGCAUAGCCAACAGCAACACAGGCCAGCAGCCUCAGAAACAGCGGGUGUUCACCGGCACCAUCACCAAGCUGUGUGCUGACUUUGGUUUUGUGGACGAGGACGUGUUCUUCCAGACGAGCUGUGUCAAGGGACAGGCACCCAAGGUUGGCGAUCGAGUGUUGGUGGAAGCCACUUAUAACCCCAAUAUGCCUUUUAAAUGGAAUGCCAAUCGUGUCCAGGUGAUUCCUGGGCCCACAGGUGCUCCCUCCCAAAACCAGAGUCGCAGCAGCAUGACAGUGAGGGAAGGUGGCAAUCGCAGCGGCUCCUAUAAUGCUGUGCCGCCACCUAACUUCAGCAGCGAAGCUGCUGCAGGAAGCUUCAGUACCCGCAGUGUUCUUGGACCCCGCGCCAGAUCACCUCGGAGGGACCGGCGGGAGGAGCGAAGCCGGACAUCCCGAGACAGAGACAGAGAACGUGCAGAUAAAGACAAGGAGGAGAAGAGAGAGAGUAGAAAGCGCAGCAGGAGUCGGGGAAGGUCGCGUUCCCCACCCAGGCGGAGGAUGAGAGUGGUGCCUCGCUACAAUGUGCAGGUCCCCAAGAUACUGCUGCAUAUGAAGGAAGCCAAUGUGCUGGAGCUGAAGAAGCGCUACAGCAACCUAUACGUGCCAUCAGACGUGUUCCUGGCCAGGCCUCUGUGGUCAGACACCUUCCCUGCACACCGACCCUUCCAGUUCCCCCGCCCUGUCUCCUUCCACAUCAUGAACAAAGAAGUGGAUCCCGUGGUAGAGAAUGACUCAAUCUAUGACGCACCUGACGCCAAUCACAGCUUUGCCGCAAAGGUAAUGUUGAUGGCAGUGCCAGCGCUAGAGGACAUCUUCCGGCGGUCCUGUGCUUUGAGUGAAGACCCGAGUGACAUCCGGGAAUGCUUUGUACAUCCAACCAGACUCAUCAACUUCCUAGUGGGUCUGAAGGGCAAAAAUGAGACCAUGGCCAUUGGUGGGUACUGGAGCCCCUCCCUGGAUGGCCCCAACCCUGAGAAGGACCCCAACGUUCUCAUCCGCACUGCUGUUCGAACGUGCCGAGCUCUGACAGGGAUUGACCUUUCGGGGUGCACCACCUGGUACCGGUUUGCGGAGAUUUACUAUCGUCGAGGCGAGUCUUCACACAAGGGCCGGAGCAGCACGUCUGCCCGGGUUGAAACCACUGUACUAUUUCUCCCAGAUGUUUGGAACGUUUGCCCAGCCAAACUGGAGUGGGACGGCCUCCACCUCAACUAUAAGCACCAGCUGGAGAAGAAGCUGUCAUGUUCAUCCGGAGCCACCCAGCAGUUGGAUGAACAGGAGGGGGAGGAGGAGGAGAACAAGGAUGACUCCCCCAAGAAGAAGGACCCAAGCCACUAUGCUACUCUAGACCCAAAGAAUAUGAAGGUGGUUGAGCUGCGUGCUGAACUAGAUGCCAGAAUGUUGAACAGCAAAGGCCUCAAGUCACAGCUCAUUGCUCGCUUGACAAAGAUCCUCAAGAACGAGCAAGAGAAGGAGGAGUCUGAGAAGGCUGCCAGUGCUGAGAGUACAGAGACAGACGAGGCAAAGAAGCAGGAGGAAGAAGAGAAAAAGAAGGAAGAGGAACGCAAGAAGAAAGAGGAGGAAGAAAGGAAGAAAGAGGAAGAGGAGAAGAAGAAGGCAGAGGAGAGAGAGAGGAAUCUACUGGAGAAGAGGUACACCCUGCCGGACCAGCCCAUGAUUGUGGUGCACCCCUCGCGCACUGCUAAGUCCGGAAAGUUUGACUGCACCACCAUUCUCUCUGUCCUCCUUGAUUAUAGGCAGGAAGACAACAAGGAACACUCGUUUGAAGUAAGUCUGUUUGCCGAGCUCUUCAAUGAAAUGCUGAUGAGGGACUUUGCCUUCCGUAUAUACCGGGCAUUGUGUGAGUGUCCUGAGAAACCUGCCAAGGAGGAGAAAAAGGAAAAGGAAGACAAGAAAGACAAAGACAAGGAUAAGAAGGACAAAGAGAAGAAAGAGGAGAAAGAGGAAAAGGAGAAGAAAGAAGAAAAAGACAAGAAGGAAGAUGAGGAAGAACGUGAAGAGAAAAUGGAGGAGGAUAAGCAGGCAGAGAAGAAGGAGAAAAAGGAAAAGGAAGAAGUCAAGGAGGAGAAGGAAGAGAAGAAGGAAGAAGAGGAGGAAGAUGAAGACAUGGAGGAUGAGGAAGAUGAGGAUGAAGUGGAUGACGAAGAUUCCAAGGACGACAUUAUUCUGAAGGACAGCAAGGAUCGUGACGACCGCAGGGACUCAAAGGACGGCAAGAAGAAGGAUGACAAGAAGGACCGGGAGAGGAGGGAGAAGAAGGAGAAGAAGAAGAUGAUAACUAUUGAUCCUUACCUGCUGCUCUCCUUUGUUUACUUUGACCAGACUCACACGGGCUACAUAAUUGACAGAGACCUGGAGGACAUCAUCAAUAUGCUCGGACUCAACCUUUCUAGAGCUCAGCAAAAAAAGCUAAUGUCUAAAGUAAUGUCCAGAGAUGUGUUACACUACCGGAAAUUGACGGACAUCUCGGCCGAGGACAAGGACAAACCUCGGGACCCGCCGCCUUCCAUAGACCUCGAGUUCCUGGCCAUGGGUAACAACACAAUAAUGCCACUGUUCGUAGACGCAGUGGUGACUCCCACUUGUGAAGGCAAGAUCGGCACAAGGAAAGGGACCCGAAACAAGGAGGAACCCAUUGUCUCUUUCACAGGUGUGGUGAAGUACGGCGGGUCUCUGGUGGACAUCAGCAAGUUGAUGCAGCAGCUGGAGAAGUCAGACAACACUCGCAGCAACACGGAGGAGAAGCUGAAGGAGUUGCAGAAGGAAUUAUUGAAUAAUAAGGAGGAAUCCAAAAAGGCUAGUGAAAAGAUCAGCAAACUCACCAAAGAACUCAAGAUGGCCAACUCUACUAUAAAGACACUAGAAGAGGAACUCCAGAAAGCUAUUGAGGAUAACAAUGUGUAUCAGCGAGCCCUGAACCAAAUCAAGCUGGUCAUUCGCCCUCUGGUGGCCGGCGUCGACCUGGAGGAAGACGACCUCACACUCCGAGACGUCAAGGAAACACGGGUGAAGGUGGAACACAUGGAAAAUGGAACCUUUGAGUGAACAUAACAGGAUGAGUGGCUCUGGUCACUGUCACUGUCUUGAUUGGUAACCUGUGUGUGGAGGGAUUGCUUGGUGUGUUUGUGUGUGUCUGAGUGAUGCACUGGUGACAUGCUUCCCUCCAGUCUUGGCUGAGUCUGAGUGAGUGUGUGUGUGUGUGUGUGUGUGUGUGUGUGUGUGUGUGUGUGUGUGCUGUGUAAGGCAUUGAAUGUCUACUUAGGAGGCUGUGUAUGGGAGGAACAAAGGGAGGAUCACCUGAGCUCUGUAAAUAAUGACAUUCAGGGAUGAUUCUUGACCUGUGGUGGCCAGCCCUUGUGAUGUUUUAUUUAUUUUUUGUUUGUUAGCAACUGUGGAUGAACCGCUGUGACUCAGGUCGGGUCGGGUCGGGUCAAGCCGGGUCAUGUCGGCGAGCCUGGCCCAUCGAGACUCAGUUUGCUUGACGUUGACCUAUGUAAGACUGCAUUUCUGUCUCUGCUGCAAAUAUCCACUUUCAAGGAUGAUUUAAUUUGUUCUUUGUGUGCCUUGAGAAAAUAGAGAAGUAUAAUGUAAAUAAUUUUACUCUGACAAUUAAUUCUUGGUCUUCAGGUUGCUGCAGAGAUGACAAUAACUUAACUGUUUGGUUUUCCACUUUGCAUGAAUGAUGUCAAAGUGUUUUGUUGACUUGCGAUGAAAAUGUAAUUCGUAUAUAUAUAUAUACAUAUAUAUAUAGUAUAUAUAUUUAUAUAUUUUUCAUAAGUAACGGAGUUACUGAUGCAUUUUUGUAUUGAUGUGUAAAAAUGUAAAUAUUAGUAUGAAAAGUAAGUCAUUUCCAAUGUGACCAUCAAUAUGUGAAGGAAAUUUGGUUUGAUUAUUGUAUAGAUUUCCAAUUAUAUUCCUUCUCUUUCAUUUGUGUCAGUCUAUUUCCAUCCAUUUUUAUCUAUUUAUAUGUAUGAUGUCCAUACAUUUGUAUCAGUCUGUCUCUCCAUCACUGUCCAUUAGUACAAAUCUGGCUCUGCUCACUUAAAGGAGUCUGUCACUCAUUGCUCUCCCGCAUUAUCAAACUCUGUCUCUCUGGUGAAGGGAAUUCUGUGCGUGGUAGACCAAGGAAGCUGAACACUCAACACUGGUGAGGUGGUUGUGAGUAAGUUGCCAGAGUUAUGUUGUUAAAUAUGCAAUGGCUUUAAAGUAAUUGUUUCUAAUUCCAUAUGUGAAUUCUACUAUUCAUACUCAAUUCACAAUACUAAGGCUACUCAUUGCCUUACCAAAGGUGGUUACAACUCUCCACUCAUCACCUUCAUUGUGUCGGCACUAGCCACAAAGAUAAUUGCUGACUUUUUGUGGACUGAAGAUAUUCAGAAACAAAGCUCCAUGAAAAUCUGGUAAAGGAACCUGCUGAACUAAGUCACCUCGCUGCUCUUGAGCAACACUUCAGACUUGUAGCCUUGCCCAGCCAUUGUGGCAAGGGUGAGGCCAGACGCCAGUGAGUGUGUGCACCAUGUCUGCCUGGCCGUGGUGCUGCUCUCACACUCCUCAGACAGUCACUUGGUUGGUGAGGCCUGCCUCGAGUUCCCCUUUGAUCCCAUUAUGCAUCACUUCUUAAGGAAUUAAAGACAAACACACUUCCCAGUACAUUAUUGGAAUACCUGUUACUACUCAAUAUAUUUAUUGAUUUUAUACCUCAAGCAUUCACUGCCAUGAUGAUGUUAUUUUUAUUGAAUGUAGUGCCCUCAAGAACAAAUAAUUCUGUGAGAGUUAAGGAUGAUAUUCAGCUCAUGCAGUGUACAUUUGGUAUCUGAAUUCUCUUCCGCUUUCAUAGGAAGCAUUUCCUCUCCUGAUGUAAUUAAAAGCUGCUUUGUACAGAAGUUUGUCUAGUGAGUAGAAUAAAGAUUUUAAGGAAUUGUA